AUGGAUCGAGGUAGUCUACUUAAGGUGUACUCCGCGAUAGAUGAGUUGUGUCGAACAAGAAAGAGCAUAAUAUAUAAGGCAAGGCAUCGGUUGACUGGUGUUACCUACUGUAUUAAACGGUCGGUGCAUGGAUCUUCCCUGAAGGACUGUUGCGAAGAAAGCCUAUCGAAUGCCCUGAAUGAAUGUCAGGCCUUGAGCGUGCUGAGGCACCGGAAUGUUGUGCGCUUCUACAACUCGUGGUUUGAGGCGGGUGCAGUGCUUAUGCAAUUGGAAUACUGUGUUGGUGGAAGCCUUUCGGAUUGUCUUCGCACUACGAGGGAUUCAGGUGUGCUUUCGGGCACGGCUAUUGGCAAGUUAUUGAGUGACGUUGCUGGUGCGCUAAACUACAUGCACACGAAGUGGUGUAUGGCGCACAGGAAUGUAGGCUUGGGGACGAUAUUGGUUCAGCUGAAGCCGCAGGUUGCAAGUCACUUGGCCUUCAAGUCUGAUGAGGAAGCGGAAGAAGCGAGGACUUGUUGCCACCAGUCCUUAAUGUCAGGCGAAAGCGACGUGGUGGAUUUCAAAUUGGCUAGUUUUGGUAAGGCAUCGCGAAUAAGUGAGGCGGGGGAUGAUCGUGGCGUCGACGUGUACGCUCUCGCUGUGACAGUUUGUCUUGCAGCCGGAGGAUCAGCAGUCUCGCAUGGUGGUAAUGUGCUGAAUGUGAUGAACCUCUCCAACAUUCCUCUUUCACUUCACUCCGUAUUGCAGUCAAUGUUGGAGCCGUCGGGUGCAGAUCGAGUGAGCGCAGGAGAAGUGGUGGAGCACCUUGCAAUUCAUCACAAUGAUGUCACAGCGGAACUUCUCCUCACGCAAGUUAUUUCCUACUGGCCUGUGUUCGUCGGCUAUGGCUUGCCCUUAGGUGCUUUGGAUGCACCUUCUUCCGUCUCCAUAUGGAGCGAGUUGUUGUCCGCCUUCCUCUAUCCCAUUUUGGUGGUGGGAGCUUUCCAGGCGGCGCGGCACAAGGCUCUCGAUCCAAGGCAGCAUCGUGUAUCCCUGCGUCUACACCUCCUAGCUGCCCUAUCAAUGAAGCCGGCUCUUUGCAUCUCGUCUCAGCUGUCGAUUCACGCCAUCCUAUCGCGGUACUGGCAGGAUCGACUC